GCCCUUUGUUAUCGAUAGCAGCACUAUCGAUUCUAAGUGAUGUUAAUUAAUCACUUUUACUGUUUACUUUUUUAAUUAAAACUGCGUUAAUUUAAUUAACCAAAACGGCAGUUCCCAACAAGCAGCGAAGUGUGAACAAAGCCGUGGCAGUAGCUGUGACGAAGAAAAGGAAACCACCCAAAGGAAAAUCACCAGGAAGUUGCCAAUCAAAGCCAUCAAAAAAAACCCCAUUUGACAAAGACAACAACAAUAACUGGAGUGUGUAUGUGGGUGUGGGAGUGCAUAGUAAAAUCAGUGAAUAAUUUACCGUUCGGCCUUCGCCUUCCCCCGAGGAAACAACAACAAAGUCUCACGUUCACUUCCACCCACACACACAUACGUACGCACCUCGCAUUUGCACGCAUACACACGCAGGCCAGCCGAUAACCUGUGUGUGAGGCAAUCGCCGUCAUCGUCCGAAAUCAAAUCACUUAUCGGGAAAAACAACAAUAGCAGCUGCAGCAUAAUCAACAAUUAAAUAUAUAAGACUCAAAUAUGGGACUGUUAUUAUCGCGGCUGUGGCGGAUGUUUGGCAACGAGGAGCACAAGUUGGUGAUGGUGGGCCUGGACAACGCGGGCAAAACGACCAUCCUUUACCAGUUCCUCAUGAACGAGGUGGUUCAUACCAGUCCAACGAUCGGUUCCAAUGUGGAGGAGGUCGUUUGGCGGAAUAUCCACUUCCUGGUCUGGGAUCUGGGCGGUCAGCAGAGCCUCCGAGCCGCCUGGAGCACUUACUACACGAACACAGAGCUAGUGAUCAUGGUCAUCGACUCCACGGAUCGGGAAAGGCUGGCCGUUACGCGGGAGGAGCUAUAUCGGAUGCUGCAGCACGAGGAUCUGAGCAAGGCCAGUUUGCUGGUCUACGCCAACAAGCAGGACCUCAAGGGAUCAAUGUCGGCGGCGGAGAUAUCGCGGCAACUGGACCUUACCUCCAUAAAAAAGCACCAGUGGCACAUCCAGGCCUGCUGCGCGCUAACCGGCGAAGGACUCUACCAAGGAUUGGAGUGGAUCGUGCAGCGCAUCAAGAAUAAAUGACCCGCCACACGCUACUAUACUAGCUAAUUAAUCAUUAACAACUAGCUGCCUAGAGAAAGUAAACCAAUUUUGAUAUAAACAAUUUUUAAGCGUUUCCAAAUUGUUUUAAAAGUUGUUGCCAAGCCAAUUUUAUUUAGUGUAAAAUACGUCUUGUCGGGAGACCCUUAAUGAUUUAAAUCUACGUGUAUAUGGAUAAUGUCUAGGAGCUAAGCCAAUUAACUACGAUACUUCCAAUAAAAUUACAAAAUAAACAAGUUUAUUUCGACA